AUGUGAAAACUUUUGUUUUUCUUUUCAGCUUAUUUGUUAGCCCAAGCUGAAGAAAACUAUUCUUUUUCCCAUAAAGUGCCCAUUUUUUUAGCUCUUUUUAAUACUGUCUAUUAUAUAUCAAAGGUAUAUUACAAGCUUUUAAAUGUGAACAUUGACGCAAAUGAACAAACAAUCAGGCGAGCAUUUAAAAAACUUGGCUUAAAAUACCACCCAGACAAAAAUGAAGACAAUAAAGAAGAAGCUGAAAAAAUGUUCAUGAAAAUUGCGAAUGCUUAUGAAGUUCUUAUGGAUUCAGAAAAAAGAGCGAUUUAUGACAAAUAUGGAGAAGCUGGUUUGAAAAAGCACCAAGAGCAAGAAAGCCAGAAAAAAGAGCAGCAAAUCAGGUUUGGAGACAGGUAUAAUCAGUUUUUCGGAGGGAAAAAACAGAAAUUGUUCGAUGAUAAUAAGCCAAAUCCUUAUGAAAAUACUGAUGUAAUAACUAUUGAUUUGGCUAACAUCAAUAAGCUGUUUAGGAGAAAUGAAGUUUGGCUCAUUAAUUUUUUUUCAGCCCAUAGCCAGGCUUGUGCAGAAUUUAAGGACUUGUGGAUUACAAUGGCAGUAAAAUUGGCUGGAAUUAUGCUUGAUUAGGGCAAUUACUAUUAAAUAUUAAGGCUCAUAAUAAAUUCUAGGAUUUAGCAUAAAAAAGUAUAUAAAAAUUGCAGCAAUCGAUUGUGAGGAAGAAGAAGAAUUAUGCGACGAAUACAGCAUUAAGUAUUUUCCUUCAAUUAUGCUGUUUUCUGAUAAUACAGCAGAAUAUCCUGAACUGUAUAAAGGCGAAAAAACUCUUCAAGCCAUGAGCGAUUUUGCUAUAAAUAAAAUGCAGAGCUUUGUGAGGCUGGUAAACACCAGAAAUUUCCAUGAAUUUAUUGAAGUUGACCCAAAUGUCGCUAAAAUUUUGAUUUUUACUGAUAGAAAAGUUACUUCUCCUCAGCUGAAAGCAUUUUCCAAAGAAUUCAAAGGAAAAGUAAAUUUCGGAGAAAUCAGGUCAACUGAAACUGAGCUUGUCAAUAAAUAUAACGUCAAUGAAUUUCCGACACUUAUUGGGCUAGAUGAAGAAAGCGAGGUAGAUAAGUUUAAAGGCGAACAAAAAAGAGAAGAAAUUUUAAACUGGAUUAAUGGAUUUAUUGAGAAAAGCAAAAAUCAUGGCUCAAAAAUAAGGGAGUUAAGUAGAAACUUAUAUAUCACUGGGAAGUGCUCAAAAUCUGAUAAAAAUUAUUGCUUUUUAUGGUUUAUUGAUAGGGAAAAUAAUGAUGCAAAAAAUAUUUUGAAAACAUUAGCGAAUGAUUUUGCAAAUGACCAAAUAUUCUUAUAUAAGAAAAAAAAUGGACGAAUUAAUUAGAAAAAUACCUUUUCCAUUUAAAAUAAGAAAAUUGCUAUUAAUUAAAAAAUAAAUUCUACAUAUAUUGGAAUAGAUUUUUACUGGGUUGACAAAAAAAGAUAUCCAGCCUUUGGUUUAGCAUUUGAGGGGAAAAUAGUCGCAUACAGGCCUAAAAGAAAAAAAUAUGUCCAAAUUGACUGUGAAGACUACAAGUGCCUACAUGACAAACUAUCUAACAUUUUAUCAGGAGGGGGAGAUUUUAUCCAUUUAGAAUUUGUUCCUGAGCUUAUUGAAUCGCGUACAGAACUGUAA